CUGCAAAUGUUAAAAAAAAAAGAAAAUACAAGCGCCAAUACUCACUCUCCCUCCUCAACAUUUUGGUUUCCCUCUCUCUCUCUCUCUCUCUCAAAAUUUCGAAAUCUAAUUUCGUUUUCCCUCCCCCCCCCAAUCUGUUAUCCCUUCUCCUAAAUUGCUGAAUCUGGAGAGUACUCCACUAACCCAAUUGAAAAGUCUCUCUCUCUCUCUCUCUCUCUCUCUCUCUCUCUCUCUCUCUCUCUCUCUCUCUCUUUCGAAUUACAUUUCUAGGGUUUAACUUCUUAUUGCUAUGGCUUUGGAUGACGUGAAAGCCUCGAAGCGCAAAUCGGAUCCUGGCGUUCGAGUCAUCGGUGGAAAAAUCUACGACUCUAGCAACGGCAGAUGCUGUCACCAGUGUCGACAGAAGACGAUGGACUUUGUUGCUUCCUGCAAGGCCAUGAAGAAGGAGAAGCAAUGUCCCAUUAGCUAUUGUCAUAAGUGCUUACUCAAUAGGUAUGGGGAGAAGGCAGAGGAGGUGGGUGCCUUAAUUGAUUGGCGUUGUCCUAAGUGCAGAGGCAUCUGCAACUGCAGUUGCUGCAGGAAGAAACGAGGCCAAAGCCCAACAGGGAUAUUAACACACAAGGCUAAAGCAAGUGGGCUGUCAUCAGUCUCUGAGCUUCUAGAGGUUGAGGGUCAUGAUACCUUUUCUUAUCAGAAGAAAAAGCCAAAGCUGGAGAAUGUUUCCAAUGGAGAUGUUGUUGCCAAGGAUAGCAACAAAGCAGCGGGGAAGAUCAAGAAAGCCUUGAACAAAAUCAAAACCGGCUUUCCAAAGGCCAAGCUGGAGGAUGCUUUUGUUGAAGAUGCUGUUGCCAAGGAGAACAACAAAGCAACAAGCAAGAUCAAGAAAGUCUUGAAUAAGACCAAAACUGGGGUUCCAAAGGCAAAAUCGGAGGAUGCUUCCAUUGAAGAUGUUGCCAAGGAGAACAACAAAGUUACAGGCAAGCUCAAGAAAGCUUUGAAUAAGACAAAAAAUGGCUUUCCAAAGGCAAAACCGGAGGCUGCUUCGGUUGAAGCUGUUGCCAAGGAGAACAACAAAGUGGCGGGCAAGAUCAAGAAAGCCAAAACCACUAACAAAAUGAAAGAGGAGGAAAUUCAGAUUGAGGCUAAACUUCCUAAUGGUAUAAGCUUGACUAACGUCUCAGGCAUUGACAUACCCACUGAAGAAACUGGAAAUGUGUUGCAAUUUCUUGAGUUUUGUUCAGCCUUUGGAAAGGCUCUCGAUUUGAAGCAAGGGCAUGCUAAGUCUAUUGUUGCUGCGGUUUUUGGAAGUGGGCGUAACACAAGGAGGCAACAAUAUUGCUCUGUUAUACCGAUGAUGAUCCAGUUGAUGGAAUUAAUAUCACAUGAUAGAGAUAUGUCUUUGUCUCUAAGUGCAACUGACAGCACUUGGUUCAGCUCUCUUGGAGAGUGCCUAUUGCAGUCAGGAGUUCUGAGUGACGUUUUCCCACCUGAAACCUUCAAAUCAGGUGUCUCUGAGUACAAAAAGAUGGAUGCAUCAGCAAGGCUCAAGCUUCUCAACUUCUUAUGUGAUGAAUCACUUAGCACAUUGAAAAUGAGGAAUUUCAUUGAGAACGAAAGUAAGGAGUCUGACACAAAGGAAAGAGAAGCAAAAGAAAAGGCUGCAGCUGCAAAGGAAAAGGAGAAACAACUGAGGCAGAAGAUCCAAGGUGAUCUUGUCAAAGCCCAUAUGGAAAAAAAAGGAGCUCCAUUGUCCAUGGAAGAGCACCACAAAGUUUUGGCUCAAAUAAAAGCUGAAGCUAAAGAAGCUUAUGGAGAGAUGCUGAAGGCAACAUCUAGAAAGAGGCAACGAUGUGAUGCUGUUAGAACUGACCCGAUCCUUUUGAGUGAUGAUGGUCUUGCUCUCUGGAAACUAAAGUGCUUUGAAGAAGAACCAAAGUUUUUGCUUCAAGAUGUAGGAGGAACCUUUGAUGAUUUAUCUCCACAUGAAAAAUGGUUAGCUUUCAAGCCUGAGCAGAAACAAGAGAUAGAAAAGUAUAUCUCUGCCAAUAGUUUUUGCUUCUAUUUUGUAGGAUGAAAAUGAUGCUAGCACAAAAGAAUGCAAAUGUGGAAAUCAAUUAAAGAACGAGAAUUGGCCAUCAUUCAACUUUCAGUAUUAUGAAAAGUUAAACUCAUAUAUUCUCUUUUGUCAUCUUGGCUUCUUUUGUUCAGUUCAGCUUAAUUCUGUUGUAUGAUAUGGGCAUGAUAUGCUUGUUCUAUGCCUCAGACUCUUACUAUAGUGGGGAAACCUCAAUCUUGUAUGUUAUUUUUGUGUCAACAUCUUUGGUUAUAUAGAAAAUGUUGACAAGAAAAAUUUAAAGCGCUUUCAGAAUGAAUACAUAUUAGUUUUGCUA